AUGUCCAUCAUCUAUUCUCACAAUUUGAUUCUCGAUAGCAUCCUGGUCAACAAUACCGGAAAUCGCUUUCAAAGCUCCAACACUGACGGCGCUGAUACCAUACGGUCGUCCGGUAUCAAGUUCAACAACUGGACGGUCUAUAGCGGAGACGACAGCAUUUCUCUCAAGGCCAAUAGUACUAAUGUUAGUAUCACUAACUCAAGGUUCUACAAUGGACUCGGAAUCGCACUUGGCAGUAUCGGGCAAUACAACGAUCAAUUCGAGACGAUCGAGUGGUUGAACGUCGAGGACUGCUUUUUUGAGAACACUCUUCAUGCGGUUGGUCCUCGCCUUGGGAGCUACAACGAAGUAGUCUACUUCAAAACUUGGACCGACGAUCAAAAUGGAUAUCCUCCAAAUGGAGGUGGUGGUGGGCUCGGAUGUAUGGGCCAUCUGAACUUAUCUUAUGUUCAAGUUGAUUGCUGA